AAGAGCUAUCCUCCCGCGAUAUUUUCUCUCUCAAACGACUUUAUCAGUUCAUCUUAAUCAAUCAAUCCAUCCAUCAAAAUCUCUGUUGAGUGUUGUGAAUCAAAUCAAAUCAUGGAAGCCCUAACGACCUCCUCCUCUUCUGCUACCUUCAUGUCCUCCUCUUCCCCCUUUUCGAUUUUCUCCCCAAGAAGAAAAGCCCUCUCCUUCAGACCCUUUCACCUCCCGCUCGCUUCCAAAGGAAACGAAAAUGGCUCCAAUCCUCCUCAGUCGGAUUCCAAAGAAACCAAGAAUCUUCCGGUUCUCAGUAAUCGCCACCUCUCCCUCUCCCCACUCUCCAAGGAUGCGGCAAUGGGAUUGGUGAUGGGUGCUGCGACAGGAAGAGGGUGGACUACAGGUUCUGGGAUGGAGGGGCCUCCUGCACCUGCUGGGAUUGAAUCGCAAUCAAGCACUGAGAAUGUCUCCACUUUUCCUUGGUCUCUCUUUACAAAGUCUCCUCGCCGUAGAAUGCUCGUGGCUUUCACUUGCAACAUUUGUGGGCAGCGGACAACUCGGGCAAUCAAUCCCCAUGCAUUCACUGAUGGCACUGUCUUUGUGCAGUGUUGUGGAUGCAAUGCCUUCCAUAAGCUCGUGGAUAAUUUGAACCUGUUUCAUGAGAUGAAGUGCUAUGUGAGCCCAGGCUUUGAUUACAAAGGUAAUGGAUGGGAUGCUGUUAACUUCAAAUACCUGGAAAUGGACGAUGGUGAUGAUGAAAUAUUUCCCUUCCAAUGAGGUGGAUGGACCACCUAUCGUGUAUGUAUAUUCUGCACUGAUGUAUCGGGAUAUUUAGCUUAGUUGUCUUGUAUAUGUCACUAUCUGGUUACAUCUUAAUAUUCAGCAUUGGAAUAUCUAGGGUUAUUUACAGCUUAGUAAGAGAUGUUUGAAUGGCAAAAAAGCUUAUUACAAAUAAAUCUUAUUUGGAGCUUAUGUAUAGUGAAUUAGUGAUGGUUCUAAUUUUCUGACAAUGCAAAUUUGGAAGCAUAUUCACAUA